UUUUCACUGCGGAAGAGAUUGAGAAGAAGGCAUUAAAGAUGUUUCUGAACUUCCUCAACGCUAAAUACAUGGUUUUGCUCUGUGCACUGGCGAGCCUCACGUUUGCCAAACAAAAGCCGAAGCAAGUAUGUGACACUGAUUUGACGAUUUCCGAUGACUUCUAUGGCUCUCCUUCAGAGGACAUGGUGGGAAAUGGCAACAUCCACAACAACUCGCUGUCUGCAUGGACCUGGAUACCAAAGAUUUCACACAACAGAAUCCCACAGGUCAUCUUUGAAGCCCAGUGCAAAUCAGAAUAUUGCACCUUUCCCACUGGUGUGGAUGAGAGACUGAACUCUGUACCCAUAUAUCAGGACAUCAUGGUGCUGAAAAAGGAUUCAAAGGACAAGAAGUGCUUCAGGGCAACUUUUGAGAGAGUUAUAGUCGGCUGUACAUGUGUAUGGGCCAAAACUUCCUAAAAUGACUUGCAUGUGUCCAUGUUAGAAUGAAUUUAUUUAUUUGUUCCAAUGAAACUGUGACUUGUGCGUUUUAAUGGAUUUUAAUUUAUUUUGUUGAUAAAAUAGUUCCUGAAUACUUUUUUUCUAUUAUUUACAUUUAAUAAUUCAACAGGCACAUGUA